AUGUCUUCUGCAAUCUUCAGUGCUCCGGUUGCUGCAUCCGGCUACGUUGGCCUGUCAACCAACCCUCCGAAAAUUUUCCCGGUUAAAGAUUCGAUUGGAUGGACCAAGAAAACCGUCUCCAAUGGUUCAAGAACUCACUGCAUGAAGGUAUGGAACCCAAUCAACAACAAGAAGUUUGAGACUCUGUCCUACCUUCCACCACUCUCUGAUGAUUCAAUUGCAAAGGAGAUUGACUACAUGCUCAAGAAAGGAUGGAUCCCUUGCCUCGAAUUCGAUGAGAUCGGGCAUGUUUACAGGGAGAAUAGCACGAUGCCAGGCUACUACGAUGGGAGAUACUGGACAUUGUGGAAGCUGCCCAUGUUUGGUUGCACUGACCCGUCUCUGGUGCUCAAUGAAAUCUACCAGUGCAAAACAGCUUACCCAAAUGCUUUUAUACGCUGUUUGGCAUUUGACAACAUCAACCAGGGUCAGUGUAUGUCCUUUAUCAUUCAGAAGCCAACCGCCGCCGCCGCCACCACCACCAACGCUUAA